AUGAAUUUCAUGGGCAUUCUGAAUCAGCCAGCUCAAAAACUUCAGACAGUGGACGCAUCUGUGGGUCUUCUUCAAAUCAAGCCGGAGGUUCAGGGUAAGUUCCUGCCCCGCUGCGCGCUGUCUGUUAAACAUUUUCCACAAAUGACAUUCCACAUCAUUUCUAUUAUUAGUCUUGGAAUCACAAAUUGUAUGCAAAGCUGGUGAUCAACUGUGGUCAGCAAAGCACCCUUCACAAGCGGAAAUUGCAACCAAAAACCUAAUUCUCUCAGUAACGGACACAGCAUCCACCCCCUCUGGUAGGAAAAUCGUUCCAUUGCACACCGCUUUAUAUCCAGCAGUUGCGCUGUAAUUAAUCUGCGUUUCUUUCUUUCUUGGUCAGAUUAUCGUUCCUUUGUAUGUAACCUCUGUAAUAAAGCCUACAAAUGGAAGAAGGAUCUCCAAAGACACAGCCGCCUGGUGCAUCAACGUAGGUGCCCUUUGCAGCACUUUCUUUUUUCACGUUUUUGUAUGUCCGACUAUCAUAUCACAUGAGCUAAAUUGCUAUUCGAUCAUUUUCAAACCAAAUAGUUUCCGACUUUUAACCCUUAGUUUGGACCAGUCUUCAACUAGGCUUACCAAUUGGGGCGAUUAUCACCCAUUACAUAUUAGUUCUUACUCCUACCAACCUUUUCACACCGAAUCACCCCAGUAUAUGCAUAUACAUACGUUGGAAUACGGGCAGAAAAGAAAUAUCUCUUUAGAUUAUAUUCCUCCAACGGAUACUCGGAUGACUUUCUAUGUCAGUACACGAAGCAUCAUGAGUUCAAACAUAAAGGUAUUUCAAACUAUGGCCACCCAGGCACCACAAAUUCACCUGGCGAACUCUCCCAUUUCAGCCAUUUAUGCGCUCCACCCUUCGUCAGCGUCGCCGUUUUGGCCAAAAGAGGUCCUAAAAGAGUCUUGAUCUCAAUCAAGUCCAUACCGGCAUUAGUAGAACCUCCGUCCAACCCUAAAUGCCUUCUUUUGCGUUUCAUUUGUCUACCUUUCAAGUAUCGGACUCGCGGUGCAAGCAAGCAGCCGAACAGACCUGGCAGAUUAAACAGUUGCCUCAGCCCGGUGACGAACUCAGGUCCAAAGCGAUGAUUUUGUCCGUCACACAGACAACAUCCACUCCCUCUGGUAGGUCCUAUAGUUCUCAGCAGGAUAUGUAUUUAAACGCAUUUACAGCACUCCUGCUGAACUCACCAUUUUAUACUCUCUUAUUUAAAUCAUCUUGCUAGAUUUCCGGCCGUUUGCCUGCGGACUUUGUGGGAAAGCCUACAAAUGGAAGAAGGAUCUACAGAGGCACAAUCGGCGUGUGCAUGGACGUGAGUAUUUCUGCGUCUUUGCACCUCCAUCUCCUUUUCUCACUUUCCUCCUCCCUCCAGAUGCGAACUUUAUUAUCAUUCAUCGGGGUAUCUUGCCGGCUUGCUCGCAUAUAACUUCUCGUGGGAAAAGACCAUUGUCCGUCUGAACUUUUGUGGACUGCAUCCAGUGUCACAUGAAAAUAGGAUCUGGACAUCUAUCUGGGCGCAGGAUGAAGAAGUACGGGCGUUCCGUUUUGCCUCGAAGCUUCGACUGAGCUGGAUUUCGGUCUGAUGCUCGCGAAUAGUUGGCUGACGAUAGUUGAUAAAUCGGAAAUGUUCAUUUCCGUUUCCAUCUUUAUUCAUCGAUGGCACCUCCUGACCCAUUGGUCGAGCAUCUCAAUCUGAUUUCUCCUCAAAACCAAAUUUGGGCCUGUGGCUCGACAGUCUGUUGGCCGCGCACUUGAUACCUACUCGACAUCAAAUGACGUCAUAUUCCACGAAGAUAAACAGACCCGCCCAACAUUGAGCAUAAUAUCGUGACGCGACAAACGGCGAUCACAGGAAGAAUGACUGUCCUCUUGAUACUCAAUUACCCUCCGUAGGCCUCCCGCCAACACAUUAAGUAAUGUUUCCGGUCAUAGACUAGGGGAGACUGUCUUCUUUCCGCUAGGAGACCAUCAACAAGAUUACACUGUUUAGCCAUCUACUACCACUUCUACUACUGUUGUCAUGUUCUUUAUCUGUGUCUGGCGAAGUCGACGCCAUCGGUGUCCUCUGCUCUACCCUUCAACGCACGACGAUCAGCGACAACAAACUUCAUGAACCCAGCCCAUCCCCCUCUCCUGCGUUGGAGGUAAAACACCAGAAUCCGACGACCCACCCCCAUCUUUUGAUGGACUGAUUUGAGCCAUGUUUUGAGCUGACCUUUUUGUCACCUCCAGUGAAACAGCGGCGUUGAAGCUAGAACAACACUCGACACGUAGGCGGGUGACAUUCUCGCGAGGUUGUCGUGGUCAGAGCUGAAUGUCUCAUAAUUUACUUGGGAGAGUCGAUGAUCGAAAACUGCCAGUUUUUUUCUCGCAUUCUAGAACACGGCCCAGCAUCACAAUCGACCGAGAGGACCGACGGGGCUGACGAACGGUACACUCGGACUUUUAUUUUAGUUGGGUUAUCGCUGCAGUCGUAGGCGACGUGGAGGUUUUGCGAAAACAUCGUGAGUGGCAUUAAUCCGGACAGCGAUGUCAUUGCUCUGUCCGUUAACUAAGAGCUUGGCUUCAAGAUACGUGGAAUUUGUCUGGUUGGCAUGCCGACAAAGAGGAUUGAGACCAGUCUGACCAUCUCCCGUCAGUAACCGGACGUCUCCCAAAACCAGGUCGCGACGACUUGAAAUUUGAUCCCCACACCAACCGAGGACGUGAUACACUCGUUCAUGCUACUGCCACUCAAUUACGUCCUCCAGGGUACCAGUUCUCCUCAUCUGUCCAAGCAUUAAGUACGGAAGCUGACACACUGUUGUUUCCUCGUUUUUUUUCUGUUUCCGGAAUCUCAGUUCUAGUGAGCAUUUUGACAUCUUCUGGAUCAUGA